GGCCACUGUUCCUAGUGGUGGAAGAAGAAGAAGAAGUCCUGUUGUAGAACGAUCUGAACCAUGGAGAAUCCAGAAUGCCCCUCAUCCACGCUGCAGCCAGAGAGCAGCGUCCAGGAGGGCUCUUGCAUGAGCGAAGACAGUCGCAAGAAAAGAGAUACUGCCGAAUCGAUCCGCAGCUGCCUCGCCGUGUUGCUCAUCCUGCUCACCUUCUUCAUCUCUGCUGCUACCCUUAGCUUCCAAACAAGGAAUGCGAUUAAGAUGACCUCAACACGUCUACCAAAAGCACUCCGUCCAAUCCACUAUGACCUGACCAUCGAGAUCAAUCCCGAUGUAUCGGUGGCGAAGUUCACCGGAAGCGUUGUCGUCACCAUAGAGUGCGUGCAGCCGACGGACACAAUCAUGUUCCAUGCGGCUCCUGCCCUACACAUGUAUUCCUCCCAUCUGAGCGGCGGCCCGUUCGUGCUGGAUGCCGUCAGGAAGCGCGACGUGGUCACGUUAAAACUGGAUCGCAAACUUGAACCGUCCAUGCAGUACCAGGUGUCCGUCAAGUUCGAGAACACGUACAGCAGCGAAAGCCAGGGCUUCUACAGUGAUCACUAUAACCAAAAUGGCCGGCAACGUACCGUGUACGUCACCCAAUUUGAACCGCACUACGCCCGGACCGCGUUUCCGUGCUUUGACGAACCUGCAUUCAAGGCUACUUUCAACAUCACCAUCAUCCACGCGAACAAUCUGAAGGCAAGGAGCAACAUGCCACUGCUCACAUCCGAACCCACGGGCAAGCAUAUGGUUGUGGACGUGUUCCAGAAGACCCCCAUCAUGUCCAGCUACAUCGUUGCCUGGUUUGUCUCGGAUUUCCGUUUCAUGACCAAAGGCAGGGUAACAGUGUGGGGAGAAGCCCGCCACGUGCACGCCAUGAACGAGGUCCUGGAUAUCGCCACGCGUGGCUUAGAAUAUUGCGAGGAGUUUUUCGGAAUCAAGUACGUGCUGCCCAAGCUGGAUUUUGUCGGCAUCGAAAAGUUUCAUUUCGGUGCCAUGGAGAACUGGGGCCUCAUCGUUGUCAGAGAGACCAACCUGUUCGGCGACAAGAAGCACAGACCAGCGGUCACUGUGAUACUUCACGAAAUAAUCCAUCAGUGGCUUGGAAAUCUGAUAACGGCCAAGUGGUGGAAUGACAUUUGGAUCCAGGAAGCUCCGGCCUACUAUCUUUCUUCUGGAGGCAGCGAGAUAUUGUAUCCCAAGAGAGGAUAUGUCCUUAACCUCGUUAGGAACAUCUAUGAUGAGCAUCACGCCAGUUACGAAAGACCGACUCUCUUUCCAGAGAACAGCAGCCUCGGAGAGCGACACAGCCUUGACAUCGAUAAGGAGAUGGGCUUCGCCCUCCACCAAAGGGCUCACCAUCUUAUCCGAAUGAUCCACAAUUUGCUGGGUGACGAAGAAUAUAGGUCAACUAUGGCUGGGCUAAUAAAGAAGUACAGUUAUGGCAACCUGGACGGAUACGAGUUCUUGGAAACAAUGACAGAGAUGCAGAGCAAAAACCCGAAAGUGGAUAUUGAAGGACAUAUGACGUCGUGGUUUGAGAGUGACGGGUUUCCUCUCGUCAGCCUUCGAAGAAACUACCGGUCCAAGACCAUCACAAUAAUUCAGAAGCCGUUCAACACGACUUCAAGGACCAUCUACCACAUUCCAAUAGUCUUCGCAGACAACAGGGCGCAGGACAUCCUGCAUCCACUCCGCUACGAAAUCCACUGGCUCGUCGACGAGCAUUCGGUUCUACCAGACCCAAACGACAAUGAAACUGCUCUUCUCGUGAACCCAGGCAUGAUCGGGUACUUUCUCGUCCAUUAUGACAUUCACAACUGGGCUCUGAUUGGCCAGUUCCUGUCUGAAAAUCCCAACAUGGUAGACUUGCUGACGCUGAGUAGUCUUCUUGAAGGAGCGGAAAUGCUUUACGGAAACCAAGCGGUGUCCAUAGACAGCGUGCUUUGGACGUGGGACAGUCUACGAAGAGUAUCCGACUGGGUACCGUGGACUGUGCUCAUGAAGAGUAUCGCAAGACACGACGCUUACUUGGUUCGACUGUUGGACGACAAGCGCUAUGACGCACGUCUGCUUGAGAUCAUCGAGCGCAUGGCCCGGACACGAGCCUUCAACGUCAUCAAAUACAGCAGCGAUGAGGAAAGGUCCUUCGCAAGAACAGCGAACAACUUUCUCUGCUCCUUAAACUACAACAAAUGUGUUGAUCAGAUCACUGGCUCUUGGCGGCGAGCAGCUGGCAACAUCAGUUCUUACGAAGACUUCGAAAUGUGGUCAAAUAGAACCAUCGAUGUCAACCCAGAUAUGGCGCUGUGUGUCGUGGUCAGGUUCGGUAGCGACAGCACCUGCAAAACCGUGUCAUCCUGGUUAUCGCUAGCGACUAGUGCAGUGCGCCGAGGGAAUAUCGACAUCGCACUCACGUGCUGCAGAAACAAGAGCCUCGUCCGAAGGGCUAUCAAGGACUCCCUUAGUCGCAGUGCAGACUGGACGAAGCUGGCGAACAGAAUGGUACGCCAGGAUCGUUCAUUUCAAGAGGUCUUCCUCGGAAUCGUUCUCGACCUGUCGGCCAACGAUGCCCAGCAGCUAGGCAUCUCGGUGGACAGCAUGAUUCCAGUUGCUGCGAACUACGUCGUCAGCGACAAGCAGAACAUAAAGCUCGUGGACCUUGCUGAAAAGCUGCUGGGACGAUCCCGUUCCUCUGAACUGGACAAUAAGAUGAAGAAAGUCAUCUCACAGAGGGCCAUCGACGAAGAGGGCUACCGAUAUUGGCUUGACCAUCAGAUACCACCUAUCACAUAGAAAAUGGCACCUUCACUGCCAGUUUUUUUUUUUUAUAUGUACCAGACCUAUUUAUCCAUAUAGACACGUUCAACUUGACCAUAAAUCGUGCUGCCUUCAUAUUGAACGCAUUCCCUAAUGAUGCGUGUUUUUGGAGGCCUUAUUAUAUUUACAUCGAUUGUGUAUUAAAAGACGAUGACAAUCAAACGGAGUGGAAUAUAGAAGUUCCAAAGUAUGUUGGAAGUAGUGGUAAAAUCGGUCUGGCGAGAAACUGAUGGAGAAACAUGGAGUUGGCAGCAUUAAGAAUGGCACCUGUGACAGGUACCGAAAUGUGUUCCGACAACAAUCGCCAGAGGGCUGCGAGAUACUAAAAUGUUUCACUGAAUUGUUACUGAUUGCACAGCCUUCAUUUUUCUACUAAUGUUCUCCUAACUACAUACUAAUAAAAUAACUGCAUACUAACUA